UAAAACUUGUCCCUCACCCUGCUCCUCCAGAACUGGGAAAAGAUUUAGAACUGGAAUGCGUGACACAUGGUGCACCAACAAUAAGUAAUGUAAUUUUCUAUAAAGACAAUAAUUCUGGUACAACAACGCUGACUCAUCCCCAAAACAGUGUGAAAUACCUGAUUGACAAUAUGACUAAGACUGAUGAAGGAAACUACAAAUGUGAAGCUACCUUCACAUUCCAAGCGAGUAGCAGCAAUAGCGAGUUCACUGUCAAGUCUGUGCCUCAGAAAGUCGUUGGCAUAGAAGUGACUCUAGUGGCAGUCAUGUCAUACACGCCAGGGAAUCCUGUGUGCACUUGCAGCAAAUGCAGGCGUGGUGGCAAGUCUGAAUUCUAUGAGAUUGUAAAUGGCCACUAUAAAAAAGAUGAAAAUACAGCCCUAUCCCAGGGGAAGUACGCCUGUAGAGUUCGCUGGGAUACCGGAGCCUCCUCAUUCAGUCUGCCAUACUCUGUUUCAGGAAAAGAACCUGGUUCAAAUACAGGUGUAAUCGUGGGGAUCAUGGUGCUCAUCUUGAUUGUAGUGGGGCUCAUCUUGACCGUGGGAUAUUUCCGCUGGAGCAGUAGAAAUAAGCAAAAGUCAGAGGCAUUCUACCAGGAGGUGCCACUAGACGCUGUGAAAUCUGACAAGGGGGAAGGAGGUUAUGAGGAGCUCAAGGGAGGAAAAAGAGGAGAGAGGAGAGGAGAGUACGACACACUGAAGGGGCCGGAUGCAGACAAAGUCACAACAGCGGAGGUCUCAGACACCAGAGAGCAAGGUGGCCCUGAAGGUUUCUCAAGAUGAUUCGAGGAAAAGUGAGUACCAGACUCUUAAGGGGGAAGGAGGCAAGGAGGCAGAAGGGGGAUACGAGGCCCUGAAGACAUCUAAGGCAGAGGAGGAUGCAGGAGUGUACGACACCCUCGGCCCAGCAGGAGAACAAGGCGCAGGGUAUGAGGCACUGAAGCUGUCCAAGGCAGAGGCGAAGGAAGGGGAGUACCAGACUAUUCAGCCGGGAGGAAAUUAAAUGGGGUCCUGCACUCAAUUGAGUGAAUAUGAUCAUUGUCUAACAGGUGGUCUGUCACCAGUGGGUUACAUGGGAAGUUGCAUUUGCACGUCUGUGGUGCAUGAAUCCAGUGUGUGUGACACAAACAGUGUGUAGGUGUUAGGGCUGGACAAUAAUUCGAUAUCAAUAUAUAUCGCGAUAUAAUUUUUUUCAAUAACGGUGAUACGAUUUUUAAACAAAUUUCCGAUAUUUCGAUAUACAUUUGAAUAUACCAAAUGUAUAGAGGGAACCGCCAAAUUCCCCUUUGUCUUAGCAUUUUCUCA